UUCGGCUUUUUGGUCUUUGACGGUCGCGAACUCUUCGCCGCUGCUCCAGUCACCUUUGGUAUAGCUUGGAUAUCUCUUGGUGUUCUUUAACCCUCUACCACAGCCAUCGCCUCUUCAGAAUCCUUUUUCUGCCAGUUUAACCCACACCGGAUUCAUCCGUUGACUCAUAUCCGCCAUACCCACUAUCGUGCCCCGCCUCCAGUCGUUCCUCCCUCCCUCUCUGUUACUUGUCGCAAGUUCGAGAGUCCCUCCAGAUAGAAGAAGUCAAUUGCACUAGAUCUUCAUAUCACACAUCAUAAACACAAUCACAAUGGGUGUCACAAUUGUCCUUGGUAGCCAGUGGGGUGAUGAAGGAAAGGGAAAGAUUACGGAUAUGCUUGCGCAGGAAGCUACGCUUUGCUGCCGUGCCGCUGGCGGCCACAACGCGGGCCACACUAUUGUUCAUGGCUCUACGACUUAUGAUUUCCACAUCCUUCCUUCCGGUCUUGUCUCCCCUUCCUGUGUCAACCUGAUUGGCGCGGGAACUGUGGUGCACAUCCCCAGUUUCUUCAAGGAGUUGGCGGCUAUUGAGACCAAGGGCUUGACUACCGCUGGAAAGCGUAUCUUCAUCUCGGAUCGCGCUCACGUCUGCUUCGACUUGCACUCCGUCGUGGAUGGCCUGGAAGAGGCUAAGCUCGGUGGUCGCAAGGUCGGCACCACUGGUAAGGGUAUCGGUCCUUGCUACAGUGACAAGGCUGCUCGUCGCGGUGUUCGCGUUGGCGAGAUCUUGGAUGAGGCUCUUUUCGAGCGCAAGCUGCGUUCUCUGCACGCGGGAUACACUGCCCGAUUUGGCGAGCUGGAGUACAGUGUUGAGGAUGAGCUUGCGCGUUUCAAGGAUUACCGUCAACGCCUGGGCCCUUACAUCGUGGACCAAUUGGCCUUCCUGCAGAAGUAUAAGGAUGCUCCUAACACUCUGGUUGAGGGUGCCAAUGCUCUUAUGCUUGACCUGGAUCACGGAACCUACCCCUUCGUGACCUCUUCUUCGACCGGUCUCGGUGGUGCCGUCCAGGCGCUGUCCCUGAACCCCACCAGCAUCUCCUCCAUCAUCGGUGUUGUCAAGGCCUACACUACCCGUGUCGGCUCCGGUCCCUUCCCCACCGAGCAGUUGAACGAGUUCGGUGACAAGCUGCAGGGUGUCGGUAAGGAGUUCGGUGUCACCACCGGCCGUCGUCGUCGCUGCGGUUGGUUCGACAUGGUCCUCUGCCGCUACUCCCAAGCCAUCAACCACUACACUGCCCUGAACCUGACCAAGCUGGACGUUCUGGACGACUUCGACGAGAUCAAGGUCGGUGUCGCUUACAUCCUGCCUGACGGUACCCGCACGGAGAACACCAUGCCUGCCGAUCCCGAGGUCUUGGAGAAGGUCAAGGUCGAGUAUAUCACUCUUCCCGGCUGGAAGACCAAGACCAUGGGUAUCAAGAAGUACGAGGACUUGCCUCCCAACGCCCGUGCCUACAUCGAGUACAUCGAGCGCGGUCUCGGUGGCGUUCCGGUCAAGUGGAUCGGUACCGGCCCUGCUCGUGACGACAUGAUUGCCCGCGAGUAAGCACGCGGUCGAAGUCGUUGCGCCGCUCGAUUGUUGAUUCCCACCUUCUCGUAUAAUAUCCUAAGCACCCAGUAAACUUUUUCUUUCCAUGCAUGUUUUUAGUUCUGGAUGACUUGUACUAUUGUCUACAGAGAUAAGACGGUAGACUGCUGGGUCGCAGAUAAAUUAGAG